UGGCGUUCAACUUGAACUUUCACAUCGCAUCUUUCACGCCGACAACACCCUCCCGAAAAUACUGAGCUCCAGCUUCACAUCGUCUUCAUCAAGACUUACCUAUUCGCUCAUUCAAGUCCUUUGCUGCGUUGGAUACCCGACUCUACCGUCUACCCUCCCCCGUCCGUCCAUCCGUUGCCCUUUAGCCGCACUCACGAAUCUCCCUGAACAAGCAAAAUCUUUGUCACGUUCAUUUUGACAUCUGUCAUUGAAUUUGGAGCAAAAAAUUCAAAAGUCAACAUCCAUUAGAAAAUGAUGCGUCAAGUAGCAAUCCUUCUCUGCGUCGUAUUCGCCAUUACUUUGGUUUACUCGCUGCCGGCCUUGCACCGAGCUAAACGCUGGGAGGAGUUCCCUAAUGUGACUCUUACCUUCGACUGCACUGACCGUCCACUUGGAUUUUAUGCCGACCAAGAAUUUGAGUGCAUGUUGUUCCAUAUGUGCGACGAGGACGGUCGACGUAUUCCUUACAUGUGCGGAUCCGGAACUGCUUUCAACCAGCAAUACCGCAUCUGCGAUUGGAUUCACAACUUUGACUGCAAAGAAGCCAACAAGUGGUUCUACUUGAACGAGCUGACCUACGUCACGGAUCCACCCAAAAGCGUCUCAGCUUAGAAAACUGUUUGCCGAUUGGAUGAAAAGAAACUGGGCUAAUCUUUUUGAUUUCCUUCCAUGUUUCGCCAUUUUUUUUUUACAUACUUUUCUACGUCUUUUCACUUCUGAGUUUCCUUUUCAUGUCCUUUUUUUUUCUCUCCCUUUUUUUGCGUUGCGUGUGAGCCAGUCCCUCCCCCUUAUUAUUCAUCAUUUAAAAAAGAAUGCGCUUUUGUACAUAUCCGUCACACAGAGGGAGAGGGAAUUGCAAUCUGCUGAUGGCGACUGUAAUGGCACAUGUGUCUCUCUUUUGUCCCACUUCUUCUUCUUGGAGCUGUUGUUCGAUAGGAGGGAGAAACAGAAGACAAUCGACAUGUUUGUGUCAUCCGGCGUCUUUGAUAAGGCAGCCGAUGCAUAGCCCCUCCAAUCAAAGCAGAAGAAGAGAAUAAUCUGAACAUUCAACCAUGGGGUCUGUGGAUGCCAUAUUCCUCUAAUCCGCAAUCCGCAGUAUCCUGCAACUACUAUCAUCUUACACGUCUCUCCAAUCCUUCACUUUUUUUUCAUUCCUCCUCGUCUUCCUUCAUAUCAAAUUCGUGUAUUGUUGCCUUGCGCAGGCGCAACUAACCUCUAGCAAGUCUUAAACGACAAUACAAAAACAAUAAAACAAAAUAUGAAACCAUU